UCCCACUCCGCCGCUCCGCCGCUCCGCCGCCGCCCUGCGCGCCUGCCUGCCUGCCUCCCGGCGCGAGCUGGAUGGUGCUUCCCCCGGCCCCGCCGGUGCGGCCGGCGGCAGGAGUACUAUGCUGACUCGGGUGAAGUCUGCGGUGGCCAAUUUCAUGGGAGGCAUCAUGGCUGGCAGCUCGGAUCACGGCAGCGGCAGUGGAGGAGGAGGAGGAGGCGGCGGCGGUGGUGGUGGUGGAGGAGGCAUGGACCUGCCGCUGCGCUUCCCUUACGGCAGACCCGAGUUCCUGGCUCUGUCUCCGGACGAGGUCGAGUGCUCCGCUGACCACAUCGCCCGGCCUAUCCUCAUCCUCAACAAGGAGACCAAGCGCCUGCCCUGGACCACGGGAUACGCCGAGGUGAUCAAUGCGGGUAAAAGUACACACAAUGAAGACCAGGCCAGUUGUGAAGUACUUUCAGUUAAGAAGAAAGCAGGAGGAACUAAUUCCACACCAAACAAAAACUCCUCUACUAAACGGAGGUCUUCGUUGCCAAAUGGGGAAGGACUGCAGCUGAAAGAGAAUUCAGAAUCGGACGGCGUAUCUUUCCACUACUGGUCGUUAUUUGAUGGGCACGCUGGAUCUGGGGCGGCUGUCGUAGCAUCAAAGCUGCUUCAGCAUCAUAUUGCAGAGCAGCUGCAGGAGAUUGUGGACAUCCUGAAGAACUCGGCCGUCCCUCCCCCGACCUGCUUGGGGGAGGAGCCAGAAAGCAUGGCUGCUAACACCCGAACUCUAACCAGAGCAGCCUCCUUACGGGGGAGUGUCGGCGCCCCGGGAUCACCCAGCACCCCUCCGACUCGCUUCUUUACAGAGAAGAAGAUAUCUCACCAGUGCCUCAUUAUGGGGGCUAUUGAGACAGCUUUCAGGGAAAUGGACUUGCAGAUAGAGCGAGAAAGGGCUGUGUACAAUAUAUCUGGCGGCUGUACAGCCCUCAUUGUGAUGUGUUUGCUAGGAAAGCUCUAUGUGGCAAACGCUGGCGAUAGCAGGGCCAUAAUAAUCAGAAAUGGAGAAGUCAUUCCAAUGUCUUCAGAAUUUACUCCAGAAACAGAACGUCAGCGUCUUCAGUAUCUGGCAUAUAUGCAGCCACACUUGCUGGGAAACGAGUUUACACACUUUGAGUUUCCAAGGAGGGUCCAGAGGAAGGAAGUUGGGAAAAGAAUGCUCUACAGAGACUUCAAUAUGACUGGCUGGGCAUACAAAACCAUUGAAGAGGAUGACUUGAAGUUUCCUCUUAUAUAUGGAGAAGGCAAGAAGGCUCGUGUCAUGGCAACUAUUGGGGUUACGAGAGGACUUGGAGACCAUGACUUGAAGGUGCAUGACUCAAACAUCUACAUCAAACCUUUUUUGUCCUCGUCGCCAGAGGUGAGGGUAUAUGAUCUUCUCCAGUAUGAGCAUGGACCUGAUGAUGUGUUGAUCUUGGCAACAGAUGGACUCUGGGAUGUACUAUUAAAUGAAGAAGUGGCAGAAGCGGUCACUAAUUUCCUGCCAAACUGUGACCCUGAUGACCCCCACAGGUACACAUUAGCAGCUCAGGAUUUGGUAAUGCGAGCCAGAGGAGUGCUGAAAGACAGAGGCUGGAGGAUAUCCAAUGACAGACUGGGCUCAGGAGAUGACAUUUCUGUCUUCGUCAUUCCUUUAAUACAUGGAAACAGAGUCUUGUAAAACAAGCACGAAUACUGGUAAUAGGAAAGGGUUUUUUGGGGGUUUUUUUUUACACAGUAAGAACCUCUGGAAAAGGCAGGCUAUCAAGAAAAGAGAUCAAGUUUAACUUUAAAAUUAUGUACUAAGCUUGGUUAGACUGGGAUAUUUCUACGUGAAACAUAGACGCUGAAUUGCAAUGAUUUAAAGGCAUCUCCUAGAAACUGCAGCUUCCCUGUGGGGUUUUGUUUUUUGUGUGCGUGCAUAUCAGGACCAGGACUUUAAUGCUGCUAGUAUAUUAGUGAUUUAUUUUUAAUGUCCCUCCUGGUGAGGACCCUAGUGUAACCUGAUAGAAUAUUUUUCUUUCCCAGUUUAAUGUAGCCAGAAAUAACACAUGAGAUGCAAAUUGGGAAAGCUAUUGUUAACAUUGGUAAUGUAGCCCAUUUCCUCCAUUAUUAAUUGACUAGCUAACUUUGCUUUUGAGCAAAUUUAAGCUGUAAGUUAUUAAGGUGAACAAAACCUGACACGACAGUUAAUUUUUUUUUGUUCAAAUCCUGUUAGUUUCAGUGGGUAAUUUCAAAAAGAUGAGUUUUAUUUAUGUCAAUAAAUCAAGCUUUUCCUUUUCUACCAUCAUAAAUACUUUGGAACCUCACAGUUACCCAACCUUUUGAAGCCAACCUUUUCUCUUGACAUGGUCUAAUCUACACUUCCUGUUAGCACACUUGCCUAAGAGAAUAGGGAAAGCUGUUUGGCUGGGAAAUGUGUUCCUUAUUGUCAAGAUUUUUGUAUUUAUAACUAUGAUGUAGCAGACUGGGAGAAUUCUUGAUUUAGAAAGAUUUCCCCAGAAAUCACCAUUCCUUUGGCACCACACGUUUUCAUUCAUUGAAUGCUUUUGUCUCCUCUAAUUUAUAUCCUGUUGAAAGGAUCGUUAUAUACGUACUGUUUAAUUUAU